AUGAAUUUCCAAAAAAUGAACAAUUUGGGUAAUUUACUCAAUAAUAUUCCAGAAAACGGAAACACUACUGUAAAAGUAAAUGGAGGCUACAACGACUCCGAAAGCGAAUACAUAUCAAUAAGAGAUUUAACUCUGAUUGGGAGUGGUAAUUUCGGUCAUGUUUUUCGUGCCAAAAUAAUUCCACGUGACACCGUUGUGGCAAUAAAACGCGUAAUUCAACGUCACAAAUACAAAGUUUUAUUAAAAGUUAUUUCUCAGAACAGAGAGCUUCAAAUAAUGCGACAACUUCAGCAUAUAAAUAUAGUCACGUUGAUAUACUAUUUUUACUCAGUGGACUCUGAAUUUAAAGUUUGCGAGUUUUUUUAUGUCCAAGGAUAA